GCCCAAUUCACAAACAAAGCACACUCACUACUCUUCUUCGAGUCCUGUCCUGCAAAUCGUUCUAUCUCUAACGUUCCUUUCUCUCUCUACUUCUUUCUAGUUUAUUCGCUCUUUCUGUAGCUUGCUGUGCGGAUCUGCUUGUUUAUCCUGAGAGAUCUCGGCUUGAGAUUUCUCAACUGAUAUUUCUGCAAUUUCCACACCAAGAGAAACAAGACAUUAAUUUCAUAGCCUCUCCUGCGGAAGCAUAAGCUUGUGCUACUGUCUCUUCUAAAUUUAUAUAGAGGGUAAGCGUAGAUUGUAUUAUAAAGAUGACAGUCAGAACUCCAGGAACUCCGGCUUCUAAGAUUGAUAGGACACCAGCGUCAACUCCUGGAGGUCCCAAAACAAAGGAAGAGAAGAUUGUAGUUACCGUACGAUUAAGACCUCUAAGCAAAAAAGAGCAGUUAGCCAAAGACCAAGUAGCAUGGGAGUGUGUUGAUGAUCGCACCAUUGUAUUUAAGCCACCAACUCAGGAACGUACAGCUCAACAGGCCCCAUUCACAUUUGAUAAAGUUUUUGGUCCCACUUGUUUAACUGAAACUGUAUAUGAGGAUGGAGUAAAGAAUGUUGCUUUGUCUGCUUUGAUGGGCAUAAAUGCAACCAUAUUUGCAUAUGGGCAGACUAGCAGUGGGAAGACAUAUACGAUGAGAGGAAUAACUGAGAAAGCUGUUAAUGACAUCUAUAAGCAUAUAAUGAAUACCCCAGAGAGGGAUUUUACUAUUAAGAUUUCUGGACUAGAAAUUUAUAAUGAAAAUGUCAGGGACCUGCUGAAUUCAGAAUCUGGUAGAAAUCUCAAGCUUCUUGAUGACCCAGAGAAAGGCACUGUGGUUGAGAAGUUGGUAGAAGAAACAGCAAAUAAUGACCAGCAUUUAAGGCAUCUGAUUAGUAUUUGUGAAGCCCAAAGGCAAGUUGGUGAAACUGCCCUUAAUGAUACUAGUUCGCGGUCACACCAAAUUAUAAGGCUGACAAUAGAAAGUACUCUCCGUGAAAAUUCAGAUUGUGUGAGAUCAUUCGUUGCAGGCCUGAACUUUGUAGACCUAGCUGGAAGUGAAAGAGCCUCACAGACACAUGCAGAUGGUGUCAGGCUCAGGGAAGGAUGCCAUAUUAAUCUUAGUUUGAUGACGCUGACAACUGUGAUAAGAAAGCUCAGUGUGGGGAAAAGAAGCGGUCAUAUACCUUACCGAGACUCAAAGCUUACUCGCAUCUUGCAGCAUUCCCUUGGUGGGAAUGCACGUACUGCCAUCAUAUGUACUUUAAGUCCAGCACUCAGCCAUGUUGAACAAUCUCGAAACACUCUCUUCUUUGCCACACGAGCAAAAGAAGUCACUAACAAUGCCCAUGUCAACAUGGUUGUUUCCGAUAAGCAGCUGGUGAAGCAUCUACAGAAGGAAGUGGCCAGGCUGGAAGCAGAGCUGCGCACUCCUGACCCUACCAAGGAGAAAGACUUGAAAAUUCAGCAGAUGGAGAUGGAAAUGGAAGAAUUAAGACGCCAGAGGGAUCUUGCACAAUCUCAAGUAGAUGAGUUACGGAAAAAAAUUCAAGUGGACCAACAGCCUGGCGCAUUGGAAUCUCCACGUCCAUCAGUGAAGAAGUGUCUCUCUUACUCGGAUGCAUUGUUGCCAAAACAGGACAGCAAGGAUUUAAGCCGCUUCGAUAGAACAAGAAAAACUAUGUUAAGGCAGUCUAUGAGGCAAUCAUCAACUGCACCUUUCACUCUAGUGCACGAAAUACGCAAACUAGAACAUCUUCAAGAACAACUUGGAGAAGAAGCUAAUCGAGCUCUUGAAGUCCUACAAAAGGAGGUUGCUUGUCAUAGACUAGGUAACCAAGAUGCAGCUGAGACGAUUGCUAAACUGCAAGCAGAAAUAAGAGAAAUGCGAUCCAUUCAACCAGCUCCUAAGGAAGUGGAAAUCGGCAGUGUUGUAGCUCCUAACAAAAGUGUCAGUGCCAACCUCAAGGAAGAGAUAACCAGACUUCAUUCACAGGGCAGCACUAUAGCAGAUCUUGAAGAGCAGUUGGAAAAUGUUCAGAAGUCUAUAGACAAAUUAGUAAUGUCUCUUCCAAGCAAUAAUCCACAAUCAAACUGUGAAGCAGCUUCCAAAGCUAAGAAUCAACCAAAGAAGAAAAAGAUACUUCCUUUGGCAUCAAGUAAUGGUGCCAACAGGCAAAACUUUUUAAGGUCUCCUUGCUCACCACUAUCAACUUCUCGGCAAAUUUUGGAAAAUGACAUAGAAAAUAAAGCUCCAGGGAAUGAAGACAUUAUAUCCUCGGAGACCCAGCCAGAGUCUGAGAAAGAGACCCCUACGAAGAGUGAAGAAGGUGGAGAAGUGUCAUCGAAGGAAGGCACUCCAGGCUAUAGACGUUCUAGUUCAGUUAAUAUGAAGAAAAUGCAGAAGAUGUUUCAGAAUGCAGCAGAGGAGAAUGUAAGAAGCAUAAGAGCAUAUGUGACAGAACUGAAGGAACGUGUUGCCAAACUGCAAUACCAAAAGCAGUUACUUGUUUGCCAGGUCCUUGAGCUGGAAGCAAAUGAAGCAGCUGGAUAUAAUCUUGAGGAUGAAGAGAACAUAAAUGAACCAGAACCUCAAGUUUCCUGGCAAGUAACUUUUAGGGAGCAAAGGCAGCAGAUCAUUGAAUUAUGGGAUGUGUGCUAUGUAUCCAUCAUACAUAGGACACAGUUUUAUUUGUUAUUCAAGGGGGAUCCUGCUGAUCAAAUAUACAUGGAAGUUGAGCUUAGGCGCUUGACUUGGCUGCAGCAGCAUUUGGCAGAAAUUGGCAAUGCAAGCCCAGCUCGUGUUGGAGAUGAGCCUACAAUUUCUCUGUCAUCAAGUAUUAGAGCAUUGAAACGUGAAAGGGAAUUCCUGGCGAAGAGGUUGACCUCGCGUUUAACUGUUGAGGAAAGAGAUACAUUGUACAUGAAAUGGGAUGUUCCACUUGAGGGGAAGCAGAGGAAGUUGCAGUUUGUGAACAAACUGUGGACGAAUCCCCAUGAUGCAAGGCAUGUACAGGAAAGUGCUGAGAUAGUGGCAAAGCUUGUUGGUUUCUGCGAAGGAGGAAACAUGUCAAAGGAGAUGUUUGAGCUCAAUUUCGCCUUACCAACAGAUAAAAGACCAUGGAUUGUGGGCUGGAACCCAAUUUCAAACCUUCUGCAUUUAUGAGAAAUCCAUUUUUCUUUGUAAGUAUUUCCUAUUUCUGUACAUGAAAAUGAAUUUUGGAGUUUUUCUCCAUCAUUCUAGAUUAUUUUUGGUUAAAUUAUGGUGUGACUUAUUGUGCACACUCUGCAUGAAAAUGAUUUGGAUAUUAUCUUCACAUUUCAAUAACAGAAGAAUUUAUU